AGCAUAUCAGAUUUGAUCUAUAAACAUGUACAUAAACAUAUGUAUAUUUGGAUUGAAUGAAAAAAAAAGUAGUGAAGAUAUGACCCACCAAAGAGGCCCAUAGCUUUGGACAAUUGCAAUCUAUGCUUUGAACAACACCUGUUUGACAAAAAUGGCCAAAGAACACCACCAUCUGCAACAUCACCAACUGGGUCUCUGUCUCUCUCCUCAUUUCCCUUCCUUAACCCCACUCCUACUACUAUCCUCUUUUCUCUCUCUAGAAUUUCCAUUUCCAUUUCCAUUUCAAUUUCCCUCUCUUGUGUUUCUUCUCUGUCCAUGGACAAGCAGCAGCUGUCACUGGCCAAGUGUUCGCGGCAGCGAUACAAUGAAUGGAUAUUCCGGGAUGUUCCUAGCGAUAUUACCAUAGAAGUGAGCGGUGGAAUGUUUGCCUUACAUAAAUUCCCCCUUGUUUCUCGGAGCGGGCAUAUCAGAAGGUUGGUAGCAGAAAACAGAGAUUCUGAUAAUUCAAGGAUAGAGCUUCUUAACCUACCCGGGGGAGCUGAAUCAUUUGAGCUUGCUGCCAAAUUUUGCUAUGGUGUCAACUUUGAGAUCACAUCUGCAAAUGUUGCUCAGCUAUGUUGUGUGUCCGAUUACCUAGAGAUGACUGAGGAGUUUUCAAAAAAUAAUCUAAGUUCUCGCGCUGAAGAAUAUAUCGACAGUAUUGUCUGCAAGAACCUUGAAAUGUGUGUUGAGGUGUUGCAACAAUGUGAAAAUCUACUCCCUCUUGCUGAUGAGCUAAAUAUAGUCAACCGAUGCAUUGAUUCAAUAGCCUCCAAAGCUUGUGUAGAGCAAAUUGCUUCAAGCUUUUCACGCCUAGAAUAUAGCAGCUCAGGAAGACUUCACAUGAAUCGCCAGGCCAAAUGCGAUGGAGACUGGUGGAUUGAAGAUCUCUCUGUUCUCCGGAUUGACUUGUAUCAAAAAGUCAUAUCGGCUAUGAAAUGCCGUGGGGUGAGGCCUGAGAGUAUAGGGGCAUCGCUCAUGAAUUAUGCCCAAAAAGAGUUGACUAAGAAAUCCAGCUUAUGGAAUCCAUCUAGCCAGCCAAAAGUUGAUGUGGUUGCUGGUUCAAAUGUGCAUGAAAGACUUGUAGUUGAGACAAUUGUCAGCCUUUUGCCCAUUGAGAAACUUGCAAUUCCCAUCAGUUUUCUAUUCGGGCUUUUACGAAGCGCUGUGAUGCUUGAUUGCAUGGUUUCUUCUAGGCUUGAUCUUGAAAGGCGAAUUGGGUCCCAGUUAGAUAUAGCUAGUCUUGAUGAUCUUUUGAUACCCUCCUUCCGCCAUGCUGGUGAUACUUUAUUUGAUGUUGACACUGUCCAUAGAAUCUUGGUUAAUUUCUCUCAGCAAGAUGAUAGUGAAGAUGAUAUGGAAGAUGGCUCAGUCUUUGAAUCCGAUAGUCCUCAUUCACCUUCUCAAUCUGCAUUGUUCAAAGUUUCAAAACUAGUGGACAAUUACCUUUCUGAAAUUGCCCCUGAUGCAAACCUCAAGCUCAACAAGUUCAUAGCAAUUGCAGAAACCUUGCCGGCUCAUGCACGUACUAUUCAUGAUGGGUUGUAUCGAGCAAUUGAUAUUUAUCUCAAAGCUCAUCAGAGUUUAUCAGAUCAAGACAAGAAAAAGCUCAGCAAAUUGAUUGACUUUCAAAAGCUCUCCCAAGAAGCUGGUGCACAUGCGGCUCAAAAUGAACGGCUUCCUCUCCAGUCAAUAGUCCAGGUGCUUUAUUUUGAGCAGUUAAGGCUCCGAAAUGCAAUGGUCUGCUCUUACCCGGAGGAUGACCACAAGCCAAUGCACCAGUCAUGGCGGAUCAGCAGUGGUGCACUCAGUGCUUCAAUGUCUCCCCGGGACAACUAUGCAUCACUGAGGCGUGAAAACCGAGAGCUAAAACUUGAGCUUGCUCGGUUAAGGAUGAGACUAAAUGAUCUAGAGAAAGAGCAUGUUUGCAUGAAGAGGGAUAUGGAAAAGUCUAAUUCUCAUAAAUUCAUGAGCUCUUUUUCUAAGAAGAUUGGCAAGCUGAACUUUUUUGGUCAUAGUUCUUCAAGGGAGUCGAGUUCUCCCUCAAAGCAUUCACAAAGAACAGAUUCAAAGAUAAUUGAAAGAACAUGAACAAGCAUAUUACUUGGAUUUGUUUGACUGCUUUUGUUGGGUAACUACAAGUAAUGUUCCCGGUGACCUUUCUAUGUUCUUCAUUUUUGUUUCAUUUCUUUUCAAAUUCUCUUCCUCCCACCCUGUAUACGAGUUGUGGUGCUUUGUAUUAGCAAUGGAAAGGAGCUUCUUCUUCUUCUUCUUCUUCUUCUUCUUCUUCUUCUUUUUUUUCCAAUUGGAAGUGAUGAUUUUGGUGAUUACAACUUUGGUGUAAUUUUUAGAAGAUUCUGUAAUGUAAACAUGCGACAUACCCUCAUAUAUAGUAAUUUACUGAUGUAAAUUCAUGUCAAAUAUUUGACUCUGAUUUUCGUAUC